GCGGUGUUCAUAGAUGGAUGCCUGUGAAGCAAUAACACACGGGAAAGAAAGGAGUGCAACAGAGAGAAAGAGAGGGAGAGGCAGCGAGUGGGAGAAUUUUAAUCGUCAAUAGACUCUCUUUCUUUCUUUAACUCUUGAACCCACACGCCAAAAAGAAGCUUACCUCAAUAGCUGCCAUGAAUGAGACGCUGAAGGUGGGACAACUUCUGACCAGCCCGAGCAGCUCUUGGCAGGCAGAGGUGCUCCGAGGAGUCCAGAUUACCGCUACCUUGCUCAUUUUCCUGGUGGGUGUCCCUCUAAAUGUGCUGGUGGUUUGGGCGCUCGGGCAGAGUCGACGCCAUCUCAUUCGCAGAGGCAGCAGGGAAGAGACACGUGCUGCAAGCAGUUUUAGAAUCUAUGUCCUCAACCUGGCGCUCGCUGACCUGGUGCUAAUCCUUCGGACACCCCUCAUGUUAGGAUACCUCGCCCACCACAACAGUUGGCCGUUUGGUUUUGCCCUUUGCCGCAUGGUUAUGUUCCUGCGAGGCUUAGGGUUGUACGUCUCGGCCUUCCUCAUCUGUGCCGUGGCCCUGGAACGAUGCCUGUGUCUACUGAGGCCUGUGUGGGCUCGACUGCGCCGCCCCGCCUGGGCCGUUCCUUUGGCCUGUGGCUUGUCAUGGCUCCUAGCCACCAUCCUGUCCGCCCCCUACCUGCACAGUGCUGUUCUGAAGGAGAACAACAGCACGUACCAGUGCCUGGAAAGUGGAAAGUUUGACACAGGGCUGUUUGUCACUGAGACCGUAGCGGGUUUUAUCUUGCCACUGCUGGUGUUUUUGGGAAGUAAUUUGGCAAUUUUGCAUAUGAUCCAGCAAUCUGUGCCAAUUAGUCCAACCUCUUCCUCCCCGUCAUCUUCACGCAGGAUGACUAGGAUGUAUCACGUGCUCUUUUUUACCAUGCUGCUCUUUCUCAUUUGCUGGGUGCCCUACUUUGUGUGCCGAUUCCUGCGGGCCCUGGGCGAAGGCCGACUUGAGAGGGCUGCAUUAUAUAAAAGUGCAUCUUAUGGAACGUACAUCUCUCUGUACCUAGUGUACACCAAAAGUGCCCUUAACCCUGUGCUCUAUGUAUUCGCUGCCCGCGGCCUUGGCCGUGCCGUCCGAGCUUCAGUCGCCUCGACCAUUGAACGACUCUUCAAUGAUGACUCCACUGAUUCCAUCCGGAAAAGAUCACUCAAAAAAUCAGCCAUUCAAAGCAAAUAGAUCUCAAACAACUUGUCACAUUGAUUGGACGCAAUCGAGUCACAAUGUGAUACUGACUGUUUCUGCAGUAGCUUGCGUCAGCAUCUGGCUGGGUUCAAUUAAUGUUGAAGCUUCCAGUGGGGACUGAGCCACAUCAAGUAAAUAAAUGCACAAUUGCUUAAAAAUAACAUUUAUUGUUAGUUGUUGAACAAAAGGAUAAGCAUGGUUACGGUUCCACUUUACUGAACAUUCAAAUAGAACAUAUUUCUUUUCAUUAGGGAUCUUCUUGAUUAUGUAAACUGGACAGGAUACUGUAGCUACAAAUGUUGGGAGACAUCUUUUAAUACAUUUUUCAGUUAGGGGUUGAUUCAAAGCCACUGAUUCAUCUCCUUUUACUUCCAAUUUUGUGAUAGGUUUUUUUGUGUUGCAGCAUGACUGCGCCCCAUUGCACAAAUCAAAGGCUAUAAACCGUGGUUGAAUGGGUGUGGUGCAAAAUCAUUUAAGAGUCCUUACCUCAAAACCAUCAAACAUCUUGAAUUAGUUGAAUUCAACCAGAUUGUGAUGAUCUUCUGGAUCAUUUUGACAAAACCUCCCAGACUA